GCGCUGGGGGCCACGAUGGAGCGCGGCGGCUGCUCGGGGGGCGGGAGCAGCGGCGGCGAGGGCGGCCGCGGUUCCCGGGAGGGCCCGGCGGGGAACGGCCACGACCCGAGCCACGGCCGCGCGGCCCAGGCACCCGGGGAAGGGCAGGCGGCCGCGUCCUUACUGGCCCCCAUGGACCUGGGGGAGGAGCCGCUGGAGAAGGCGGCGCACGCCCGCACCGCCAAGGACCCCAACACCUACAAGGUGCUCUCGCUGGUAUUGUCAGUCUGUGUGUUAACAACAAUCCUUGGUUGUAUAUUUGGGCUGAAACCAAGCUGUGCCAAAGAAGUUAAAAGUUGCAAAGGUCGCUGUUUUGAGAGAACAUUUGGAAACUGCCGCUGUGAUGUUGCUUGUGUUGACCUUGGAAACUGCUGUCUGGAUUACCAGGAGACGUGUAUAGAACCAGAACACAUAUGGACUUGCAGCAAGUUCAGGUGUGGUGAGAAAAGAUUGCCCAGAAGCCUUUGCUCCUGUUCGGAUGACUGCAGGGACAAGGGUGACUGCUGUGUCAACUAUAGCUCUGUGUGCCGAGGAGAGAAGAGUUGGGUAGAAGAAACAUGUGAGAACAUUAAUGAGCCAAAGUGUCCAGCAGGGUUUGAAGCACCUCCUACCCUCUUAUUUUCUUUGGAUGGCUUCAGGGCAGAAUAUUUACACACUUGGGGUGGCCUUCUUCCUGUUAUUAGCAGACUAAAAAACUGUGGAACAUAUACCAGAAACAUGAGACCAGUAUAUCCAACAAAAACUUUUCCCAAUCACUACAGCAUUGUCACUGGACUUUAUCCAGAAUCCCAUGGCAUAAUUGACAAUAAAAUAUAUGAUCCCAAGAUGAAUGCUUACUUUGCACUUAAAAGUAAAGAGAAAUUUAAUCCUGAGUGGUACAAAGGAGAACCAAUUUGGAUCACUGCUAAAUAUCAAGGCCUGAAAAGUGGUACAUUUUUCUGGCCAGGAUCAGACGUGGAAAUUAAUGGAAUUUUCCCAGACAUCUAUAAAAUAUAUAAUAGUUCAGUACCAUUUGAAGAAAGGAUUUUAGCUGUUCUUAAGUGGUUGCAGCUUCCUAAAGAUGAAAGACCACACUUUUACACUCUGUAUUUAGAAGAACCAGAUUCUUCAGGUCAUUCAUAUGGACCAGUCAGCAGUGAGGUCAUCAGAGCUUUGCAGAGGGUUGACAACAUGGUUGGCAUGCUGAUGGACGGUCUAAAGGAGCUGAACUUGCAUCAGUGCCUGAACCUCAUCCUUGUUUCAGAUCAUGGCAUGGAACAAGGCAGUUGCAAGAAAUAUGUGUAUCUGAAUAAAUAUUUGGGAGAUGUUAAAAAUAUUAAAGUUGUAUAUGGACCUGCCGCUCGCUUGAGACCCUCUGAUGUCCCGGAUAAGUACUUUUCAUUUGAUUAUGAAGACCUUGCCAGAAAUCUUUCCUGCCGGGAGCCAAACCAGCACUUCAAACCUUACCUCAAGCAUUUCUUACCGAAGCGUUUGCACUUUGCCAAAAACGACAGGAUUGAGCCCUUGACAUUCUAUUUGGAUCCUCAGUGGCAACUUGCAUUGAAUCCUGCAGAAAGGAAGCAUUGUGGAAUUGGAUUCCAUGGUUCUGACAAUAUAUUUUCAAAUAUGCAAGCUCUCUUUAUCGGCUAUGGACCUGGCUUCAAGCACAGCAUCGAAGUUGACUCUUUUGAAAGUAUUGAAGUCUAUAAUUUAAUGUGUGAUUUACUGAAUUUGUCACCUGCUCCUAAUAAUGGAACUCAUGGAAGUCUUAACCACCUUCUAAAGAAUCCUGUUUACACCCCAACGCAUCCCAAAGAAGCCCACCCCCUGGCACAGUGCCCCUUCACAAGAACGCCCAGACAUAACCUUGACUGUUCAUGUGAUCCCUCUGUUUUGCCAGUUGUGGAUUUUGAGAUACAGUUGAAUUUGACUGUGGCAGAAGAGAAGGUUAUUAAGCGUGGCACUGUACCCUAUGGAAGACCCAGAGUUCUCCAGAGGGACAGCACAGUUUGCCUUCUUUACCAGCACCGGUUUGUGAGUGCUUACAGCCAUGACAUCCUGAUGCCCCUUUGGACAUCCUACACUGUCGACAGAAAUGACAGUUUCUCUACAGAAGACUUUUCCAACUGUCUCCACCAGGAUCUUCGAAUUUCCCUGAAUCCUGUCCAUAAGUGUUCAUUUUAUAAAAAUAAUGCUGAACUGAGUUACGGGUUCCUCUACCCACCACAACUAAAUAAAGGUUCAAGUCAACUAUAUUCUGAAGCAUUGCUUAAUACUAACAUAGUGCCAAUGUACCAGAGUUUUCAAGUUAUAUGGCACUAUUUUCAUGGCACCCUACUGCACAGGUAUGCAGAAGAAAGAAAUGGUGUCAAUGUUGUCAGUGGCCCUGUGUUUGACUCUGAUUAUGAUGGAUGCUAUGAUUCCUCAGAGACCCUGAAGCAAAACAGCAGACGCAUCCGUAAUCGAGAAAUUCUGAUCCCGACUCACUUCUUCAUUGUGCUAACCAGUUGUAAAAACACAUUCCAGACUCCCUCACAGUGUGGAGAUUUAGACACCUUAGCUUUCAUUUUGCCUCACAGGACUGACAACAGUGAGGGCUGUGUGCAUGGGAAGCAGGACUCCUCGUGGGUUGAAGAGUUACUGAAGUUACACAGAGCUCGGAUCGCAGAUGUCGAACACAUCACUGGACUCAGCUUCUAUCAAGAGAGAAAAGAGCCAAUCUCAGACGUUUUAAAGUUGAAAACACAGUUGCCAACUUUUAACGAAGAAGACUGAUAUUUUUUAUUCCAAAAAACACAUCAUAAAUGUUUUUGAAAGAACCUUCUAUUUUAUACAGCCCUCUGUUCACGCUGUCGCGUUGUUUGGAAACUGUCGACCAGAGUUAGAGCUGAGAAUCCUCUGUGAUACGACCGUCUCAGGGAACCCUGUGGCCUCGGCCUGGCAGUAGGAAAAUGUUCUUCUUGAGUCUCGCACAUGUUUGAAUGUGUCAGAAUCGUUCCGAUUUGGGAAAUAAAGACAGACCAUACCUAAAACUGCUCUUCUAUAUUCCCUUAAGGGCAGAAGUAGCUGUGAACGUUGUCUGGACACCAGACAUUUGAAUCUUCCUUUCGUUAAUAAACUUCUGUGGGACUGGCAAACAGGGCGCUAAUGGAUAGGAUUGGAAUAAUCCGUGUUACAGCAUUAGUAUUUUCGUAAGAAUUUAAAAGUGAUUCUGGAUUCUUUUUAACUUGGAGUUUUAUUCAUCUGAGUUUUAACCAAAAAAUUCAGUGGAAGUAAAAAUAUCUCUGAGGCCCUCUUUCUGUCUUUUCUGUAUACCCUUUCCAAAGCCAAACUAUGCAGUCCUGUGGGUUUUUGUUUUUAAUUGUGAUUUAGCAAUUUCAGAUUUAAUGUCUUUAGCAAGUUAAACUUUGAGGCAACAUCUGUGAAUUAUCUAGCAUAUCUACCUGCUAUAAAAUUUUACCCUACAUUUGCAUUAAAGAAAAGAAAGAUAUUCCCAUCCUGCUCACUGGUAAUUAACAUAGGUUGAAAAUAGCUCUAAAGUAGUUGUUUUAGACUGUUAAAAAUGUCUUGAUGAAACUUCAGAGAGCUUGUCAAUACAUGCAAGGUGACAUUUUUCAUCAAGGUGGUAGGAACAUUUUCCUCUGUGCAUAAAAAUGACCCCACCAGUAGCAGAAUCAUGCUGAAUUGUUCAUUUUGUUGAAGAGAAUGUGUAGCCAUUGCUUUAUAUCUUCUUGGUGGUCAUGAUAAAUGAACUUGAUCCACUAUAUACACUAUACCUGUUAGUCCUGGCCUGUGGACCUCCAAAGGUUACUUUCAUUUUUGGCUACAUGGGUUUGAUUUAGGUGUUAUAUUAGUACACCACAAUUUUUAUUGUCGUUCAUAUGUUGAUCAUUCUUCAACAGACUGUGGACCACAAAAUCCUUUAGAUAAUACAAUUUAUGUCUAAAAAUUAUUUAAUAAUUUGGAAGAUGUCAUUGGUUUUUGUAUUAGUCCCAUUGGCCUGGAGGGUUUGUACAUUGUAUUGUUUUGUUUAUUUUUUUUUUUUCUUCCAGUCUGUCUUCUCUCUGUUUUCCGUUUGGGUCAUUUCUAUUGUUCUAAGUUCACUGAUUAUUUUCUCUCUCUAAUCCAUUUUGUUGUUGAGCCCAUCCAUUGAUUUUUGUAUUUCAGUUACUGUUUUUGUUUUUGUGUCUAAAAUUUCCAUUUGGUUCUUCUUCAUAUCUUUUAUUUCUUUGCUGAGAAUUUGUAUUUUUAUUUUGGCUGAGACUUUGUAUUUUCUCACUUAUUCCAUGCAUAUUCAUAAUAUUCACUGAAGCAUUUCUGUGAUGGCUGCUGUAAAAUUCUUUCAAAUAAUGCCAGCAUCUGCAUCAUCUCAGAUGUUGGCAUCUUUUGUCUUUUUUUCAUUGAAAAAGAUUUUCCUGGUUCUUGGCAUGAUGGAUGAUUCUUGAUGAAAACCUGAAUACUUUAGGUAUUAUGUGGCUAGGGAUCUUAGUUAAACCUUCUGUUUUAGCUGACUUUCUCUGGCAUCAGCCUAGCGAGGGCACGGGGGCCUAGUGUGGGAAUGAAGGACACUGUCUAGUUAUUUCCAGGUGUGGCUAUGAGUCCAGGUUUUCCAUUCAGCUGCCAUUGACACUAGGGGCGAGAUGGGACCCUUGUCACUGCUGGGCAGGCUGGGAGUGCAGCUCCCCACUGGGUCACCAUUGAUGCCUCCCUGGCUGGGACGUGUAGGGUGUCUUGUCACUGCUCCCACGUCGUGUCCACUGACACUAUUGGCAGGAAAGCUGGGAAGACUUUAUUAUGACCAGGUGGGGGUGAAAUGACCAGUUCCCUGCUCAGCCUUCUCAGAAAUCACCCUGUCAUGGGAGUGAGGGCACUUCAUUACAGCCUGCCAAGAGUGGAAGUCUAGGCUCCCCGCAUGGCCUUUGCUGGUGUGGGUGGGGCCGUGGCAUUUUCUGUGGGGUUUGCUGGAGUGGUGCAAUUACUGUUCUCUCUCUUGCUAGGCUGCUUGUCUUCUAGUCCUUUGGCUAGAGAGCAGGACUUUCUUAGGACUUCUUUUUGGCUGCUCUGUUGGCAUUUAUAGGUUGGGAACUCUUCAGUUCCAAGUCUGGGACAUUUGAGCUAAAAGAGCAAACUCAGGAGAACUUAUCACAGUUUUGUUCCUUGGGUUCCAAGAUCCCUAGCCUGCCUGCCUUGUCUCCACCUUUGAGAAUCUUCCUAUUUUUGUUUUAUGUAUAUCUAAGCUUUUUAUCUGCACUUAGCAGAAGGAUAUAUACUUCUUUGUAGAAGUGUCUCAUUGAUUUUUAUAUAUUCUUCAAAAUACAUGCAGACACAUGAUUGCCUCUAUGUAAAGCAUUCUAGCAGAUCUUAAUUAAAUGGGUAGGUGUCUCUUGCCUUUGCCAGUCACCAGGAAUAUGAAGAGUGACAAGUUAUAAUCCUUACAGUUUGGGGGAGGGAGAGAAGGCAGCAGAAGUGUAUGUGAUUCCUAAGGGGGGGCGGUAGAUUUUUUAAUGGAGCCACGGGCAGGGUGCUAGGGAGGACAAAGAACACACUGGGUGGGACUUGACAGGUCUCAGCAGUAACUUCCUAGAUGUGGUGGCAUUGGGCUAGAACUUGAAGAUGAAUUGGAGCUCUUCAGGUGAACAGGCAAGGAAAGGACAUUCUAACAUCCCUUGGAUAGAUGUGUUUUUGGCAUUUUCCCAUUUACCACUACUUUUGAUCUUUUCUACAGGUGUUGCUAUGACCAACUUAUGACUUACAACUUUUAUUUUUCCUACACUGUUAUUAUAAUCUCCUGUUCUUAAAAGUCAGACUGUAAGUGAAUGCUAUGCUGACUCUUUAAAGGGCAUCCACAUCUGUUCCUAUUAGUUUUUUUUUUUUUUCAGUUGCUCUUAUGCAGUAUUCUUAUUCUUAUCUUGAAAGAGAUCUCUCCUCUUACUAUUUCAUCAGUUGAAAACAUGUGACUGGCCUACUUCCCCAGUUUGAAUGGUAAAUUCACAUGACUAUAUUUGAAAAUGUCUUUACCCUACUGUGUACAAUAAAGGCUAUUCUUGGCUUUUCAUAUGCAAAGCAAAACCUUUACUUAUCCCUAACUUUAUUGCCCUGCCUCUGAUCAGUACUUCCUUAAUGAGGUAAAUAACUUCCAUAUAAGAUUUCAUAGCUAAGUCAGCUCAUUCAUGGCAGAGCAAACAACCAGGUGGAACUUAAAAAUAUUUCCAAGUUUCAGAGAAAAGAGGGCAAACCUUAGGGGGAAGAAGGCAAAUGUUCCGGUGCCAGGAGGGCAGGUCAACGUUAGGCUAGUUGGUCUAGUCCUGUUUUAGACCAGAUUGGAGCUAAGACCACCUACUUCCCCAGGAGAGGCUGUUACACCCUGACCUUUACUUUUUUCUGUCGUUAGCUACAGUAGCUGUACUGCCUUGACCUGUGGGUACGUGCUUAUCUAUAAUAGGAACAGGCAUUUGAACUUUGAAACUAAAUGUGGUGAUUACACUUCAUGCUGAAACCUAUCACAGGGAUUUGGUGUGUGGGUGCUUUCGUAAGCAUUAAGUAAAAUUUUAACAUGGCUACAGUCCAAGGAUGUUUUCCUUGUUUUUUGGCAGUCUCAAUAUUAUCAGGGAGAGGGAAGAAUCUACAGAAUAUAAGUCUCUAAAGUAAGAAAUGUGGAUUUACCAAUAAAAGUUGUAUAUACAGAA